UUUACACUAAUUGCUAGCGGCUAAGUCGCCAGAUGCAGAUGUUCAAACAAUCAAUGUGUGAUCUAGCCGAUCCCCAGACGCACUAUAAAUCCCAACUCCUGCUCGGCAAUACGUCAUUUGAGCUGAUCGUGUGUUUGGUCGAUGAUGAAGUCGCAUUGUUCGCCUGUCUACGACGAGCGCGUCGGACAAUACCUACACCAGCCGGCGUCGCCGAAAUCCAUCGCUAAACGCAAAGCACAAAUUCGUACAACGACAACGACGACGACGGCGGAUGUCGAAACGACGGCGAUUCAGGAAUGCUACUCAAGGCUGCGCAAACUCGUUCCAUGGGUGCACGCCGAUGUGUCCUUGUCGGAAGUCGAACUACUGCAGCACGUCAUCGACUACAUCCAGCAAUUGCAGGAGACGUUAGAUUCGGCGGAAGAACGAGAGGAUAUAUCGUCGGACAGUGAAGGAAUGACGAGUGCGUGCUCGGACCGCGAGUCCGACGACGAGGUCAGUCACUAAAGAAGACGGUCAGUCAGCGUGCAACAGGUAAAGCAAUCGGGCAUCAUUAUUCCAUUUUGUUUAUACGGAUUCGUCGGUCUCCUUUGCUGUGUGUUUGCGCUUUGAAUUCCCGCCCUUUUAAUGCCAUUUGAGCGGUCUAUUCGCGGCGUCACCCAAUCAACAACAACGGAAAUAACUCGGGUUGCUCUUU